AUAAAUCUAAUGUCUUCUUAAUGUUUAGAAGGUGAAAGUAUAGAAUAGAGAUGUUUAAACACCCAAUUUUUGUUUACCUAAACAUAACAAUCUUCUAAUCUGGAAGUUACUCUCUAUAAACAAUAUUAGUGAAGUGUCGGUGCGUUAACCCCUUGAAAUAACAUUUUAAAUAAAUAGUAUAUUCAUUUCGUGUGCUUUUCAUAUUGACUGAACAAGAGGAAUUAUGGUGGCUAUUAACAAACAGAUUUAUCUAUUUUCUAAAAACUUUUUAGUUGUUAAGACGGGUGGUAUCGUUGUUUUUUAAGUGUAAAGACACUAAAUAUGGAUUUAACUAUAAGACUGCAUCCAAGACUGGUUACUAAAUAGAGGUCGAUAAUAUAAAUAUGGAUAACGGGAAUCUCAGCGUAAGCGAAUGCGAUGAGACCGAAGAAGAUUCACCUUCAGAAACUUGCGUUUCUCCUGGUGGAGGCACCAUUUUACCCAGUAAUAGCAGGGAACAAAGAAAUAAGGCCGAAAAACAGAGAAGGGACAGACUGAAUUCGUACAUAGGAGAAUUGGCAAAUUUAGUCCCGAUGGUUGCGAAAAGUGCGAAACGGUUGGACAAAACCAGUAUCCUUCGACUGACGGCGACACACUUGAGAAUAAAACAAAUGUUAAAUAAUAGCAAAGUAGUCCCCAACAUGACUUUCCCAAAAGAAGUGGAUCAAAUCCUUUUAGAACAACUUAUCUAUGAGCAGAUGGGUGGUUUCCUUCUCAUCAUGUUGUCGACCGGGAAAAUUGUUUUUAUUUCCAAUACAGUGGAAAACCUUCUCGGUCAUUUACAGACGGAUCUUAUGGGUCAAUCUCUGUUCAACAUAACCGCCCCCGAGGACCACGAUCGUUUAAAGAUGUUUCUCCAAUGCGAAGGAGACAUUGAGCACGAUUGGAGAAAAUAUUUUACUAUUAGACUGAAAAGGGCAGGACCGAGGUCCGAGUCGCCCGUAUACGAACAAGUAAAGAUGAUGGGCAUGCACAGACAAGGAAAUAAUCAAAAUAGUAUAAUGUCCAGUAAUAGUAGUACGGCUAGCAGUAGUAGUUCAUCUAGUAACGCAAAUCCCGAUGAUAUUUUGAUUUUUUUCGUAAAAGUAUGUCGACCGGAACCGUUCAUCGAAAGACUAAUGGAGGCUUCUAAAGAAGAGUACGUCACAAGGCAUUUGAUAGACGGUAGGAUAAUUGGAUGCGAUCAAAGAAUUUCAAUAAUCGCUGGAUAUAUGACCGAAGAAGUUAUGUGUCAUUCUGCUUUUUUGUAUAUGCAUAAAGAAGAUGUGCGCUGGGUGAUGAUCGCUUUACGUCAAAUGUAUGAUAGAGGAGAGAUGCGAGGAUCAUCAUGUUACAGACUGCAGUCCCGUAAUGGACAAUUCAUAUUUUUAAGAACCAACGGAUUCUUGGAAAUAGACGACCAAGGAAUAGUGGAAAGUUUUAUUUGCGUAAACACGUUAAUAUCUGAAGUAGAAGGUUUACAAUUGAUCGAUGAUAUGAAGAAGAGAUAUUCAGCAAUUUGCUCACUAGAAAGUUUAACUCCUCCUCCAAGCAACGACUCUAUUGAAGACGAAGUGGAGGAUCCCUUACAAUUGGAACAAGCGGUAGCGCAUCUGAUGUCAAAUUUGGCUACUCCCGCUUCUACAGAGGACGUACAAACUGGUACUUCAAGCCCUUUAAUAACCACAGAGAAACAAGACUGUACUGUAAUACCAACGACUGAGUAUUCUGCUGCUGCUAUGCACAAAUACCAAAUGAAAAGGCCCAAAAGGUCGCCCAGUGAUGACAAAAACUGGGAUCUCUAUGGGUGCAAAAGGCAGAAAGCUGCCGGUGGAAGGAUAAGGGCGAACCAGUCAUAUACCGUUACAACUGUAAAGAAAGAAAUUAAGAAAGAUCCGGAAACACCUUUAUAUCAACAUGACCAGUUUCUAAGCCAUAAUUUAUAGAAGAAAUCGUAUGAAAAAGCAAAAUUAGAUCCUAGAAUUGGAAGACUGACCGACUAGGGCCAUACUUAAGGAACAUACACUCGUCUGCGUACAAAAACUUAAUUGCGGGAAGUGUAAUAUUUAUAAUAUACAUGUUCCAUUCCUUUGGAUAGAUUCUAGAAAAAAAAAAUACUUGUUUUCUUUAAAAAAAAAUGAAAAACGUGCGGUAGUUUUUUUUUAAACCAAUACUGGCUUUUAGUUUCUGAUAAAAUAAGACGUUCUAUUGAAAAUAAUUUUUAUUCUAAGAUGUUUUGCAAUGUUAUUCAUUUUUUCAUUUUCUAGGGUCAAUCCGAGGAAUAGAUAUUGUCAAACUGAACGAAAAAGAAACGUUUAAGAAAAUGUAAAAACAAUGUUUUAUUUUAUAAAUAUAUUAGGGCGUAAUACAACUUGUACAGAUUUUUUUAAUAUUCUCGUAAUAUAUAUUAAUUAUUAUAGGAAUUAAUUAUAGUAAAACUGUGAUGAAGACUUUAUUCAUGUUAAUUUUAGGAUUAAUGUCUGUUUUUUUUUUGUAUAAAAAUAUUCGAAGAUAUCAUAGGUACAAAAAAUGACUUUGGGAUUCAAGUACUCUCGUCAAAGAUCGACAAUUUUCUAAAUCAGUAGAUCACUAAAAUAAAUAAAAAAAAAUUUAUUCCGUACUAAAUGUACGGUACCGAUAAGUUUUACCCCUCUACACUAAACACCGAGGUAAACAGUUUAACUUCAGUCUCUGAAGACGAUAACUUGAUUAUCGAAACGCGCGUCAACGCGUAAAAGGUGUGUCAGUAUGAAUCCAACUCAACCGUCAAUUUUUAUUUUCAAAGAGGUGUUUUAUAACGUACCAACUAUUGUCACCCAUUUUACCCCAUCCCCUUGACUGCUACACCAUCAGAUUUUUCAAAUAGCAAGAAGGGUCGUGCGAUUCUGCCGCCCCAUCCUUCUCGCACCGUUCUUGCGAAAAUCCUACGUUCCCAGCAGUUCAAAAUCCGCUCACUUGUCGUUAUAGUCCAUGUCUCGCAUCCCUAUGUGACUACGGGACGAAUUAUUGCCUUGUAAAUUGUGAGCAUUGACUUUCGUGAGAAUCCUGAAGCAUUUCCUUCAUUUAUCAAAGACCCAAGAUAUUUGAAUUGGUGGUACGAUGUUCUUUGAUUUGGAACGCGGUUUGGGAGGUCGGUGUUCUCCUUGAGGUUCUCAUGGUUUUCUGUUUUUUGAUUUUGAGUCCUGUUACUUCACCUACUCGCUUGAACUCCAAAUGGUUCGUGCCAUGAUGUCAACAUCAUCCGCAUAGGCGCAAAUAGUUCCAAUUGGAUUCCUUCGGAAGCUCCUUGCGACACCUUCCAGUGAGAAAUUGAACAGUGUUGUCGCUAGUGGGACUCCCCGAUAUCUUCACUCUGCCAGAAGCGUUCCUCAUUGUCAUUCUAACCAUGCGCACCAGUUAGGUGUUGUUCAUUCUGAGGAAAGUACAUAACAUAUUCCCUCUAGAAUUGGAAAAUAUUUAUUUUAGAAUCUUACAUCCUAUACAAACACCAUCUUUUUACCAUACAAGCAUUUAUGGUCCAGAAAAAAUUGAACCACCACUUUUGUUUACCUUAUUCCAAUCCUAUAUGUAGGUAUAACUUUGUCAAUCAAAUCGAUUCCUCCCAUAUGUACUAUAGGCAUUGAAUGGAGUUUUUUUUUGGGGCCCCACAACUUUAUUUACAUUUUAUGGUUUAUGGUACUCGGAAAAACAUUUCGGGUUGAGUCUCUUUUUGGAAUACCUAUUCUCCUAUUCGUGGAUUAUGGGGCCCUGAACACAAUUUAUCGAAACGACAUUAUUGUCAUUUCAUCGGACCAUAUUAAAUUUCCCAUUGGAAAUCAUUCGACAUUUACCCCAAAUAUCUCAAGGAAAUGAAAAGUUAUAUCCUGUGAAGAUAGUUCUUUAUAAUUUAUUUUAUUUCCACGUAAUGUCCCUUUUCCUACAGGACUUUUUUGUUAAAUUUGUUCGAGUUAUAAUCACAUUAUAUCAAAAAUAUAAAUUUUUUUCACAUUGAUCUUUGUAAAAUUCAGUUUUUCUUGACAAGAAGCAACUUUCGUUUCUUGACAUGAUUUUUUUUCCAAUUCCAUGCUUUGACCAUAUCAAAAUAAAGGAUUCAUGAAUAUGAAAAUAAUAGCUCUGUUAGAAAGAAAAUAAUUUUUUUUCCACAAUGAAGUUAAGAAGGUAACUAACUGUCUAAACAGUUAAAACCACAUGUUUAUAUUUUACCUUCACACUUUUGACAUUGAAAGUUUAUGAAAAAACUGAAAAUUUAUUCCCAGAAAAUUCUGAAUUGUCAUGCAACUUUAGUUGCAAUUGGUUACUAAUAGGUUAAGUGUCUACUGAAAAACUUUUUAUUUAAAGAAGUUUCCUGAAAAAUCGAAACUUCACAUGAAAAACUGUAUUUUUAGCUGAAAAUGUUUGUCAAUUUUCAUAUAGGGAUUGCUAUAAUCAUUGUAUAAAUAAUAGGAUCCUAUUCUUUAUACAAUGCGAUAAUCAACUUGGAUCAUUAAAUUGUUGAUCUUAUAAAUCAUUUUUCAAUAUACCGAAUCGAUUCCUUCCAGUUUGUUACUUUUAUAUUGCAUAACUGCCAGACAUUUUGAUAAAAUCUUUUUUUUUUCCUCGAAAUUUAUACGUAAAAUAAUUAAUACUAAAUCAAUAAAAUUAUAAAUGACCAACUAAAUUACCAGAUUUAAAAUUAAUCGAUUUUUAUAUUGGAUAAAAUUUAUUAUAUGACUGUAUAGUCCAAAAGAACUGAUUGUAAAUUAAGUCAACACCGGUAACAAAUUAAGAUUAAUACAUCAGGGUACAAUUACCAGCAUAAGGCAUUUUUCUCAUCACAUUUUUUAACCAUUUCAAUAAUCGUAAAACAGUAGCAGAAAAAAUGUAAAUUGAAAGAGUUACUGUUUCGCAAAUAAAACAUUUGAUAUUUUAAAACAUGAGUUGCUCAAAUUAUAAUUGAAAAUAUGUAUAGAAAGACUGAAAUUUAUACAAAAAAAAUUAAAAUAUAUUAAAAAAAAACGAUUCUGAUAUGUAAUUAGAAUAUUUUGUUAAUUCAAAGUAUCAUGAUUAUGAAGGUUGUAAAGUCUGAUGCUUUAUUCUGGAAAAAACGAUUCUAGAAUUUAAUUUUUCAUAAUAUAUUGAAUUCGGAAGAAAUUUUUUCCAGUAAACCAUUUAUUUCGAAUAAUCCCUUACCACAUUCAACCAAAACUGAGUAUUGUAACAUGCCAAUAGGUUUGUUAUGGUUUUCGUAUUUUGUUAAUUACUGUGGUUCACAUCUUUCAUUUAGUCGCUUCCAAGAUAAAUUAAUUUGUCAAUUUCCUCAUUUGAGUGAUAUUAAAGUUACAAAAUUUCAUUUUUAGAUUGUUUUCCUCUACUAUUAUAGCGAUAUGCAGUAACUAUCAGGUCCAGCUUGAAAAUCAUCAAACUACCCAGUGAUGUAGUACUGAAAUUAACUGUACCGAAGCUGUGAAUAGUGACGCCACUGCGACUACCGCUAUCACUGUAAUACCACUGUUAGACUGUUAUAGAAACUGCAACAAUCAACCCUUCUUCAGAUAAAUUAUGUCGCCUCCAGUAUAAAUCUUCAUACAAUAUACAACUUUUAACUCCGCCUUUUUAUAAUAUUUUUUCAAAAUUUCGAUUUGUUAUAAAAAUUUAUAUAUAAUAGGGUACCAUGUAUACUGUGACCCAAAGGAUUUAUUAUGCCCCCGUUUCUUGUUGCGGUACUGGGGAUCUCACUGUUUACAGCUAAUCUAUUAAUCCCACUCCUCUUAAAAAGUUCUGGAGUUCUGGAGCGCAGAAUCUACACGCUGCAUUAUCUGCUAAAUUUAGCGUCUUUAGGCAUCCUUUGAGGCGACAUUGCCCCAAUAGGACUCUUUUCAAUAUUUGUAGAUAGUUUUUACUGAUAAAUUCAGCAAAUUUUCUUUGGUUAUAGUUUCCCAGGAGUGCCUUUGCCUGUCUCAACCCCUGUAGGUUAGUUAUCCCAAUAAUUGGUUUUGCUCCUAUCUACUUCCUUUUCAAUUGCUUGUUACCAAUUUCCAAGUACUAGCAUAUGAGAUCAAUAACAUAAAAAAGAAAAAAAGUAGAAUUAAAAUGGAUGUGGUUUGCUACAGCUAAUUCUUCAGAUCAAAAUGUACGGUCAUUCAGGACGAACUUCAACCACGGCAUAAUUUAUCAAAUUGGCUUCCUAGAAGGUAAUGUAAAAGAAUCUUAAAAUGAAAUUUCACUAUUUAAACAACACUCAAAUGGAAAUAGAAUACUAAUUAAUUUAUUUUUUUAUUGACUAUAUUUUUUUAUUUAGAAAAGGUUAAAUAAAUGUUAUUUGUAAUGUGAACAACAAAUAAAUUAUAAUUUUAUAAUUUAUAAACUAGGAGUACUUGAAUACCGUUUUAUAAAUAUUACCUGUAAUACUUAUCGUUGUACAUUAUUAAUGUUUUAAACGGUUUUUAUGUUAUAUAUCUGUUUAGAGCAGCAACAAUGUACUCAAUAAAUUGAAUAUGUACAAUUUUUAACUAUUAGUAGGACCAUAAGCAUGAAGAAAAAGCCCCCACAACUUCCCAUAUUUAUUUAUAAUUGCAAACACUUUGUUAACGACACUAAGAACUACAAACAAAAUAACUUACAAAUUAGGCUUCUAGUUGAGCAUGAGGUUUCUUAAAUGUCACUAUUUUGUGAAUAUUAACAAUCAUUUCAAUAUAUAGUUUGUUAUCGCUUAAAAAGUGUUUGUAAGGGAAGUUUAUAUAAUAAAAAACAUCCCUAAUAUUGAAGGUAUAUUCUUGAAUAGUUUCAUUAGCAUCAAAUUAAGGGGAAUUUCUGUCGAGUCUAAUACGAAAGGUCUCUGUACUAUGAAAGUAAGAAUUGAAAGGAUUUUGGGGGUAGUUGAUAUUUUGUAAUUUUAUUUUUUAUUAAUUGUACAAAACGAGAAAGGAUGUGAUUACCCGCAAAAUACUAUUAAUAAUUUUAUAUUUGUUUGCCACCAUACAAUUUUAAUUCAAAAAUAUAUUAAUUACAACUUGGAUAA